AUGAAAUGCAAAGAACAAAAUGCAUAUCAACAGUUCAUAGAAGAAUUAAAGAAUGAGUUCCCACUAUUUCGAAAAUACACUGAUGAUUUUUUUUAUAGUAAAAAAAAGGAAGAACCACAAAGGGGAAGAGAAAGCUUAUAUUCUUCUUGUCAAAAUGGGAAAGUCCCAAAUGACACAAAGGAUGUAUGCAACUCCUUCGUGACAGAAAUGGAGACGUCAUUCAAUUUGUUAGAACAAAAAAACAGAAUCAGUUGUAUAUGUAAAUUAUUUUUAAAUAACUAUAGCCCAUUCACAAAUGGGUAUUAUGAUUAUAUUGAUAGCAAUUAUGUGAGUUCCUCUUUGGUCCAGGCGGCCAUGGAGAGGUACGCCGUGGGCAGCACUUCCCGGGGUGAACAUUCAGAUGGGGAGGGGCUUGUCAGUGAAAUUAAUGCGGUCAGAGCAGUCACACCCACCAACGUAGUCGCCAGGAGGCCCCAUAAACGGGAAAGCGUUGGGGAUGCGGGCAAUGCACUUGGGUGGGACAACGGCUGGGCUAGUGAUAGUACAGGUGGAAAUGUGAUUGCAUGUGUGGGUAGCGAUGUGAUUGGCAGUGUUGGGGGAGAUGCCAGUGCUGCUCAGAGUAGUACCCCUCAUAGUAGUCCUCGUAGUAAGGCACGUAGCAACCCGCGUGUAACCCCAAGUGACAGGCGCAGCCGAAUCGGGAAGAGAAGCAGAAAGUACUACGAAACGGGCGCAAAGAUGAUUGGGAAGACCCUCCACAGAGGGAAGUACUCGGACAAGGGGGCUAAUGCGAAACGAGCAAAGGUGUGGGAAGGCGCGGGGAGACGGGACAAAGGGGGAGACCCUAACGAGCGAGAAUUUAGUGAAGUUAGCAGUGGGAACGGAAGGAGUGAUGAAACAAAUAGAUGCAGUAGAAGCCACUCCAAUAGCAGCAACCGAUCCCACGGGAGUAGCCACUCCAGUGAAAAUGGAGACAUAAAGAAAUGCGUCCAAGUUGAAGUGGACAACAACGAUCACCUUGGCUUCUGCGACAUUUCGCUCGUCCCCUUUGCGGAUGAGGCAUUUUACAUAAACUACGGAUGCGUGAGCACCAACCGACGCACCCACAGUGCAGGUAGCGUAUUUGUGAUUGACGAAAUAGGUGGGGGAAAUGAAAAAAGGGACCUGGCGAAAUGUAAAAGACGAAUAAUAUUCGGAAAGGAAGGAAAGACAGAAUUUUUGCAAAACAUAAAUGCCGAUUCAAUUGUGAAGGGAUGGAUUUAUAAGGCCGAUUCAAAGCACAAGUUUUUUCACGUUAGACUUUUUUCGGUUAGGAAUGACCCAGAUGGGAGCAGCGGCGAGGGUCCUGACGGUGGGGGAAGGAGCGGAUCAAUUGGGUCAUGCAGUACAAACGAGUCAAGCAGACCAGGCGACCACCACGUGUAUGCCUGCUUGCCCUUCCAAUUUAUCAGCAAGUUCCAAUUUGUGGACAGCCUGGACAUGCAGGGCCUCCGUCUAGAAGAAAACCUAGACAGGUUUGUAGGCAUGAAUAUACGAGCCAGAAUAUUCGACGAUAGAGAAUAUAUCCGCUCUCAUUUUGAAGACGUCCUUGAAAAGUACCACUUUCACUUCUUCCUAACACUGAAGUGGAAGGGGCAUGAUGAUCACAUAAAAAAUGACAAGUUAGGGUUCCUGUCGACCGAACUAAGUGUAAACAGUUUAAUCGGCCAAAAACAAUGGGGAAAAAACAUAUCACCCAGUCAGGUAGACAGUAUGUUGCUAAGCCGCAUGGAUGUCCUCCUAUUUACCUGCAAAAGAUUUAUGAGCAAAGAAAAUGUGAAAUAUAAGGAAAAAUAUCUUUUCCUAAAUCUUCCCCAUUUGUCAUCCCUAAUUGAGUUCAAUUUUAGAAAUAAUUUUGUCCAAACACACAUUGGAAAUGUGACGACGAGGAAGCAGAAUUUAAUUUGGUCUCAGCAGAAAUUUAUGGAAGCUUUAGAAAUAUACAAAAAAAAUAGUAACUACUACAACUUUUUAAAACAUUAUUUCAUCUUCGAUUUGGGAUCCAGUCCAUGCAGCUACGUCUACCUAAGUGAGCUGGACAAAUUUGAGGCAACAAAUAAUGAGCACACCGCUCCUACCAAAGUGGAUGCAAAUAAACAGGUAGAAGAAAAGGAAACAAAUGAAGCUAACACAAAACAGAGGAAUUACAUUUUAGAGAACAAAAAGGAAAAAAUAUGCUCAGUGGAAAAUUCUAGUAAUCUCAAAAUCGAAAGGAAUAAAAAUGGGACACGGUAUGAAGAUUAUUGGUUCUCACUAAGUGAUAAGGAAAAACAUAUAGUGGAAAAGAUCCCCUUUUUAAAUUCUAGUGUGUACAAAACGAAGUGGAUAUAUGAUUUCUUUAACUGCAUUAAGUUAACCAUUAAUCUGAAUAAUCAUCACCUUUGGGGGAACUUCCUUCUCAGCUUGGUUUUGCUAGAGCUCAGCUGCUACACAGAAUCUUUCCUUUUUCUCUUCAGGAUUUUUAAAAUAAAAAAAAUGUUUUUGGAAAGCUACAAAUUGAAAAAUAUUAUCUGCACAGUCUUCAUAAGACGAUUAAAAAAAUACAUUGCAAAGGAACAUCUAUGGAAUGUCAUUGUAAACUACAGAGAAUACGAUUUGUUCAGCAUGAGAGAGGACAACUGCGAUGAGUACUGCAAAAAUAUAUUUGAGCGAAAUUUAAGUCUGUUAUGCGCCUUGGAAAAGGGCUAG